AUGGAGAUGUGGAGUUCGUCUAGACUGAGUAGACCUCCAAUGUUGGCCACAGGCAGGGCAUCAAUCCAGUCUCCUGAGAAUUUUGCUCAAGCUGAAAGUGACCCUGUUGCAAUUAGUAACCAGUUUAAAGUAAUUGAAGAUGGUGUGCAAAACCUCAUUGCCAAAUUUGCUGAAAUUCUGAAGAAAAACUCUAUUAAAGGCAAAGUUCUAAGACUCACUGGCAAACCCAAGGAAGCAAUUAUUGCUGCUUCAAAAGACGAGAAAGCAAACAUGAUUGUAACUGGUACCCGAGGGCUUGGAAUUGUAGGCCGUACUAUACUGGGCAGUGUUAGUGACUAUGUGGCCCAUAAUUCUGCAAUUCCAGUUAUUAUUGUCCGCAAAGAGUAA